UCGGCGAAUCGGUGUUCGGUGGAAUCAGUAGAGCUGUGCGCAGUCUACGGUGCGGAGGUUGGCGGGAAGUUGCGCUCAUCGAGGGCCCAUUCCUCUUGGCCCGUCGCUCGUCGACUGUGUACGCUCGCUCCUUUUUUGAAGAAAAGCGGAAUCUGGCGAAUUUUAAGGCGAGCAGAGAGAAAACGCCCACAUAAGUGUUUAAGUUUGCGUGUGGGCGUGUCUGUCUUCGAUGACUAAACAGUCAACAAAUAAAUCCGAAGAUUUAAUCUGACCUUCUCUCCACCUACGUGAAAGUUCUGUUGGCAGCCCUGGUUGGUCUGUCAUGGCGGGGUACCUGGCCUUAAAGUCUAUGGAGAACGGUGGCAACGCUAUGCAGGAUGGAGGUAACACUCCGGGGGGUGAUGGCGAGGACCAUUAUAAACAGGAGAUGCUCACCGCUGUUCAAACGGGUGACGAAGAGAAGCUCAGGGAAGCGAUCAAACAUCUGCCCGCCAAGUGCGUGAAUUACGUCUACCCGCACCCUGUCUAUGCCACGGCCCUCCACGUCGCUGUGCAGAACAACUCCACCGAGCUGGUUGCCAUACUUCUCAAUGCCGAUGCUGAUCCCAACGCGAGGGAUCUGCGAGGCAAGAAGUACUGUCCUAUCCAUUAUGCAGCCCACAACGGUAAUGCAGAAGUUCUCAAAGCUUUACUUAAAGCUAAUGUUGAUGUUAAUGUCAAGGAAGGAGAGUUUGGAAGGAGCGCUCUUCACAUCCUCGCUAAUCGCUGGAAGACCAAAGAAGAUUCUUUCAAGGAAGCCUUGGAUGCCUUGUUGAGUUGCAAGAAAAUAAAGGUUGAUAUUUCAGACAGUAAUGGAGCCUCCCCACUCUUUAUGGCUGCCACUAAAGGUUGGGAAUAUAUGGUUAAAGCUUUAAUUCUAAAAGGAGCUAAUACAGAGAGCACUGUUGGAAAUAAAACUACAGCAAAUGUAAUUAGAACCAAACUACCUGGUUUAUUAGAAACUAUCGACUUCUCUCAGGUUGAAAAACCUCAGCGUGACUUUGGGGAAGAGUUGUAUGAUGCCUUAAAAGAUGAGGAUUUAGGACUGUUCAAGAACAUUCUUAAUGAAAUUAACAGUGCAACUGAGAUAUCAAAAGCAUCUAUUUUGGAAGAAGACCAUGGUGAGUACAGUCUUCUUGGAUAUGCUUGUGACAAUGGAUUAUCAGACUUUGUAGCUGAACUUUUAAAGAAUGGAGCAAAUCCAUCUCAGAGGGAUGAAACUACCAAAUCAUCCCCAAUACUGUAUGCCACAAGAAAUGGAUUCCACCAAAUUGUAGAGAUGCUCAUUGGAGCCAUGAAAGAUCAUGGGGAUUUGGAGAAAGGAGCUCUUAAGAAAGCUGACCUUCGAAAGGAAACGCCCUUGCAUAAAGUUGUUAAAAAGGAAUUUUCACUCAAAAAGGAUGGUGUUGACUACUACCGGUGCUUACAGCUGUUACUGGAAAAGAAACGAUACCUCGACAUUGAUGCUUUGGACGAAUUUCAUAACACUCCCCUUCACUAUGCAGUCCUGUGUGAAGACCAAAGUUUUGUGCGUGCUCUUCUUUUGAAUGGCUCUCACUUGGGUAUUAGGAAUAAGUUUGGAACUCUUGCUAUUACUAGAAUACAAGCAUCUGUUCUUGAGGAGGUUCUGAAUGACUGUAUUAAAUAUAAGAAUAAUGUAGCUGACCGUGAUUUUGAAAUCAUUUUGCACUACAGCCUGUUGGCUCCACCUGAGGCUUCUCAACAACCAGAAACGGAAUGUUUGAGAUUCUUGAGCGGGUCAAGAAAACACAGGCGGCUUCUCCUGCAUCCAAUCAUUGACACUUUCCUUUUCCUUAAAUGGCAGAGAAUAAGGCAAUAUUAUUUCUUCAACAUUUUUGCCUACACAAUCUUUCUCAUACUUCUUACAGCUUAUAUCCUUAUUUACCAUGGUACUUACACUGAACCUGAAGAAAAUUCUGUCGUUACCUUAGCAGACAAUUCAUCCCUAAAUGCUACUGCUACAGCAGAAGGAAAUAUGAGUAACUUUCUGGGGAAAUUUACUCUUCAGGCCUUCAUUGCUCUUCUAGCUCUCUACAUAGCAGUGAGAGAGGGAGUUCAGUUUUGUGUAUCGUGGAGGCUCUAUAUAACACGUUUCGAAAACUGGUUGGAAAUCUCGAUCGUUGUGCUUACUGUGUUACUUCUCUUCAUACCUAUGAAUGUGGGUGUACAGCAGUCUCUUUCUGCCUGGCUAAUACUCUUCUCUUGGAUUGAAUUUAUACUCAUUCUUGGACGUCAUCCCUACCUAGCUGUGUACAUAACAAUGUUUACCACAGUUACAUACAACUUCCUAAAGUUCAUUGUUAUGUUCUCUUUUAUGGUAAUUGCUUUCAGUAUCAGCUUUUUCCUAGUCUUUCAAAUGAAUGAAAACUUUGAAACUUACCAUCAAGCUCUUCUGAAAACAAUUGCUAUGACCACAGGAGAAAUGGAGUACACUGAACUUCCCCUCUCUAUAUUCCCUGUAUCAUCUCACCUCCUGUUUGCUGUUUUUGUAUUCCUCAUUGUCCUUGUCUUGAUGAAUCUGCUCAAUGGUCUGGCUGUCAGUGACAUCCAGCAGAUUCAACAGGAAGCAGAGAUAGUUAGUUACAGUAGCAGGGUAGAGCUAAUUUCUUACAUAGAAUCGGUUUUUCUCGCGAGUCCAUUCCAAAGAAUACUUCCUGGCCCAAUUACAUGUUGUGACAAUGGUAAAGAAGACUGCUAUUUUGCAGCAUGCCUGGAUUCUCCUAACCCAGCCAUGAAGCUUCUGAACUGGAUGGGUCGGAGAACACUCAUGUUUCACUCAUGUCUUAGAGAUCACAGAAUUACAGUUUAUCCUAACCGUGGUAGGGAACGCUGGCAUAUUUGUGACUGCCACAAAUUCCACAUUAAGGAGGCACAGAUAGAAGCUGCUAAAGAUGUUGUCCUAGAAAAAGAGAACUCUGCAACCAAUAGACGUCUGUCUGGCCUUGAAAAUCGCCUCGAUGAAGUUAUGGCUGCCAUAACCACCCUGACAGAUAAGGUCAAUAAGCAUGUCCUUUGUCCCUCCCCGCAGUGACUGUCUUGUUCACACACACUUACUGAAGUUGAUACAUAAUGUGCGUUUGUGAUCUCAUAUUCUUCAAGUUCAGGCUUUCUCCUUCAUUCAAGAAAAAAUUGUCUUAAUGUAAAUGAAAAGGUAAGUGUCAGUACAGUAAUUGUGUGUGGAAGAAGUAUGAAUGUAAUGCCAUCUUUUUGUAGUUUCAUUAACUACACAGACUUUAAUACUAAUUUGGUUUUUCAUAAGCACUAUAUUUUGUGAUAUUGAAUACUAGUUGAUGCUUGUAGAAUAAACAAAUACUUAUUCAGUCACACAACUCUACUUGAAUUACAGUGUGUCAUUUUGUGAAAGCAAAUAUGUAACUUAAAUUAAGUUGGUUGGCAGAAUAAAUUGUUCAUUGAAUGUCAACUUUCAUUUUAUGUAUAUUUUUAUCCAGGGAAGGUGCUAUUUUAGGAUUCUCACAACUGGAAGUAUAUUUAUUGUAUUUGUAAUGUAGUACUUAAAACUAUUGUUAUGGUUAAGCUGUAUAGUAUAUAAUUUCUUACAUGAACUUUAUUUCUUCAUGAUCAUGGUACUACAGCAAAGGAAUUUUCCCUUACUAUGAAUUUUUUGUAGCUUAUAUUUUACAACUAUAUUACUGUAAUUAUUUUUAAUAGCUUAGGGCCAGAUGAUGUGUGUAAAAUAUAACUUUAUGCAUAAUACAUUAUAUGUAAUCCAACUAAUGACUACUGCAAUAGUACACAGAAACAAAAUCUAUUUUCAAACAACAAAACCUGUACUACUAUAUAAUGUUUUGAAUACCUCACUUGAAAUAUUUUAGCAUUUGGCCAAAAGGAGUUACUGUAUUUCUAUUUUUUCUCUUUUUUUUUAUUCCUGUGCUAGAAGCUAGAUAAACUGAUUUAACAACUCAGCUGUCUGGGUUGAAACACAAUGAUAUAUGAGCAGAUUCUGACUGUCCUAUUGUUAAGACCGAAGGUUUGUUAGCUAUGAAAAAUACAAAUUGAUUAAAAAUUUAUUUUAAUGUGCCAUUUGCAUUACAUGAAACAUUAAGAGUUAAAAUGUUUAAGCACAGUGCCUACAUAAUUUUAUAUAGUAUAUAACUAUUUGUGUAAAUGAAUUGCAUUCAGUGGCAUAAGUACCUGCUUUUACAAUUUACCUAGCCAAUGAUAAUACAGGUAAAUUUAUUCUAAUGUAUCAAAAUAUGUACAGUAGUAUACUGUAUUAAAUUCAAUAACCCUUUUCAUUGGCAUGUUUGUAGAGAUACUUACUUUAGUAUGAAUUUUUUUUAUCUUAUGAGUGAAUGUGGAUCAUUAGUAUUAAUCAACAAAUAACAUUUUUGUUAUUCAGUCCAGUUCCUUGAUUGCAUAUAAAGCAGCAGUUGGAAUUAUGCAACUUUUAAGAUAUCCUCUGCAAGUCCAAAAUGUAAUCUGUAAGUUCAGAAUGUAAUAAGGUUGUGAACUACUUUGGCUGCGAAGUGCUGUACACUGAUCAUUUACUUCCUUGUAUGAUCAAGUAGUAUGUACUACUCGAUACACAUGAUUUGUACUUAUUUUGGAUAUAUGUAUAAGGUUACCAAGUAUAGAGAUAAGUGAUAUAGAAAUGACAGAACUGCAUGUUUUAACUAGGUCUUGCAGAAUUAUGAUUUUAUACUGAAAUUAAGAAUGUAAUUUAUGCUUUUACAGAAAAUUAAUAAAUAAUACAUACUGC